UAAUAAAUAUCUUUAAUCUAUUUAUAUUAGUUAAUUAAUUUUUAUAUUAGAGACUCUUGUUAAUAUUACACGUUGAAUGCACUCGUACGUCAUAUCCAAACCUAUGUUCGGCAAAAAGAGGGAAGAAAGGAUGUUCAAAACAAUAACAGCUAGAAGAACCUUUCUUUAAUCUGCUUGCCAGGAACUGACAAAAACAGGAAAUGAGCAAUCUCCACCACCCACCAUUGAAUAGUGAAUACUGAUGACUUUAAUGGCUCGAUUUUUAAUUUUUAAAAUUCAUGUCUUAAUGGGCUAAAUAAAAUUGGGCUAUACUAGUAUUGGGCCUUUGGUCAGGAAAUGGAUAACAGAAAAUCCCAUAUUCAUGAUUUGGGUAAUCCGAAGUCCAAGUCAUGCCCCAUGAGUCCUUGUGGAACCCAGAAGCUCGAAGCAAUAUGCUUAAGCACGCGGAUCAUCACUUCAUCAGUCCCAGGUCCCAGAAUUCCAACUUGGUACUCGGCCGAAACCUGAAACUCUGGAAGGGAAAUUAAAGAAGGAGCUUGCUUAAUCAGUUAAAUUAUUAUCACUGCAUUAGAAAAUGCUCUCAGACUAGGGUUUUUGUUCAAAGAAGAUGGAAGCAGAAGAAGAACGAAGCCUAGCAAGCUUCCUAAGAUGGGCAGGAGGGCUUGGAAUAUCAGACGUGGCAAUCACCAAUCCAUCCCAAGAUUCUAUUUCCUGUCUGGGUUAUUCUCUAUGCGUCUCCCAUUUUCCUCACUCUGGCGGUAGAGGUUUGGGUGCUGUGCGAGACCUUAGGAGGGGAGAGUUGAUCCUCAGAGUUCCAAAAUCUGCCUUAAUGACAUCAGGGAAUGUCCUGGAAGAUAAGAAGCUCUCCAUUGCUGUUAAUAACCACCCUUAUCUCUCAUCUGCCCAGAUAUUGAUCGUUUGCUUAUUAUAUGAAAUGGGCAAAGGAAAAUCUUCAAAGUGGCAUCCUUACCUUAUGCAUUUGCCGCAUACUUAUGACAUACUAGCUACAUUUGGUGAACUCGAGAAACGAGCUCUUCAAGUGGAUGAGGCUCAGUGGGUCACAGAAAAGGCUACAUUAAAGGCCAAAUCAGAGUGGAAAGAAGCCAAUGCCGUGAUGGAAGAAAUCAAACUCAAGUCCCAACUUUUAACGUUGAAGGCAUGGCUUUGGGCUACUGCAACGAUAUCGUCCCGGACAUUGCACAUACCAUGGGAUGAAGCUGGAUGUUUAUGCCCUGUGGGUGACUUGUUUAAUUAUGAUGCACCUGGAAGGGGCCCCCUGACCCCGAAGAUAAGGAGAUUAAUGUUUGAUGCCGAGGAGCUUGAUUCUCAUUCCCAGAGAUUAACAGAUGGUGGAUUUGAGGAAGAUGUUAAUUCAUAUUGCUUUUAUGCUAGGGAAAAUUACAAGCAAGGAGAGCAGGUUCUAUUAUGCUAUGGACUGUACACAAAUUUAGAGCUUCUUGAACAUUAUGGUUUUCUCCUACCAGAAAAUCCAAAUGACAAAAUUUUCAUUCCUCUCGAAUCUGCUGUAUAUUCUUCCAGUUCAUGGCCUAAAGAGUCGCUCUAUAUUUGCCAUGACGGGAAGCCUUCCUUCGCAUUACUGUCUGCAUUGAGGUUGUGGGCGACCCCUAAAAACAAGCGUAAGUCCGUCAGGCAUCUUGUGUAUUCUGGUUCCCAGUUGUCUGUGGACAAUGAAAUUGUUGUCAUGAAAUGGCUAUCAAAGACCUGCGAUUCUGCACUGAAGAGUUUGCCGACAUCAAUUGAUGAAGACACAAUACUCCUGAAUGCGAUGGAUAAUAGUCGAGAUUUUUGUAGUUUCAUGGAAAUCACCAAACUGUUGUCUUCUAGGGACGAGAUUUGUGCGUUUUUGGAAGCUAAUAAUCUGCAGGAUGGCCAUGGUUUAACUGAUAUACUUGUAUCCAGAAAAGCUAGGAGGUCCAUGGACAAGUGGAAAUUGGCUGUUCAAUGGCGGCUUGGGUAUAAAAAGGUUCUUGUGAAUUGUAUCUCUUAUUGCAACGAAAUGCUUGAGUCUCUUUUGACAUAACGAAAAGAGUAGCUGCAGUGUAGCCUGAGGUUUCUCUAUUUCCAACAGUGUCUCGCGCUUUUAGUAUUUUCGGUCUUUUGGUGAGUCGAUAUUAAUUCUUUUGGUCUUUUCUGAAAGUUAGAUUGUUACUUGGAAAACAUAUGAUUGAAAUACAGAUGUGUGACACUAGAGAAAUCGCUUCUCUUAGUUGAACCACAUUGCCAAUUGGAAAUGGAUUUAUUUCGUUGAGGAA